AUGUGCUCGGAUUAUUCAGCUAUGCGGUCAGUCGCUGUGGCAUCUCCGAACAAUGUGAUCAGAAUGCCGACAAAAGAGCCAGCCACUGGAGCCGGCUGUCAGCACAUCGCUUUCCGGACCAAUAACAUUAUUAAAGCUGUCGAAAGCUUGACAAAGCGCGGCAUAAGCUUUCUUUCCGUCCCUAGUCGCUACUAUGUCAAGAUGCGUGAGAAGCUGGCUAUGAAGAAUGUUAAAAUUGCCGAAGAUAUCACCCUUCACGUGGGUGACCGUCCUACCAUUUUUAUGGAAAUAAUCCAAAGAGAAAAUUUCGAUGGGUUUGGGGCUGAGAACUUCAAGAGUCUAUUCGAGGCUUUUGAGAGGGAACAGAGAUUGCGCGGGAGACUUUGA